UACAAAUGUGGCAAAUAUUUAGGGACGAAGAGAGUAUAUACAAGCUUUUGUGAUAAAAAAAAAUAGAGUAUAGAUUUGAGUGUACAAAUUUUGGUGCACAAAAGAAAAAGAAAGAGGCUUAAAAAUGGGAGGGAGAAAUGAGAUAGUGAUUGGACUUGGGUCAAAGCGGAGAAAUUUUCUGUUCGGCAGGGAAAGCGAUGGAGAAAAGGAGUGUGACGCGGGAGGACGUGGAAGAUGUAAGGUGGAAGAAUACCUCCGCCAUGGGGUGACGGAGAAAGCCAGCGUCGUCAACCAUGCCCUGCAGGCCGAGCAGGAGUUCAUAACAGGCUACAUAUGGGACCGCCUUGCGGAAGCCAACCCGGAAUACUUCCAGGUGGAGGAGGCGACGGCGCCGGGCGGCGGCGGGAGCCCACCUGCGGCGGAGCUUGAGCGGCGCCUCGUACCAUUUACCAUUCCACAAGUGAGAUACAUAGUGAAGCACUCUGGUGUUUUUGCAGUAAGCGUGAUCAGCGCAAUGCGAUUCAGCGACGAGGAGGUGGAAGAAAUUCUCAGAAAUACGCCUCUGGAUAAACUUGCGGUGGCUAUGACACGGUUUCUUGAUUCCGACGGCUUUAGGCGGGCCCAAUUGCAAGCACGAGCAGAGAUGGGUCUUAUUCCCAUGGCUGAAGACCCGUACAGGAGCCCAAUCCCAGGCGAAAAGAUGUUGUUUUUGCCUGUUCUGACGCCGCCGCCGCCGCCGGCAUUCAUGGCGGCCGGUGAGACAAUCUUCAUGCCGACUCCACGAGCUGCCGCCCCACAUCGGCAGCCGCCGCCGCUUCCUAUUAUCCCGGGGCCAAAGCUUCACGUUCCCCGGAAGAUAACCACUUACCUCACUAGGGCGAUAGGUGGUCAUGCGAAUGACGACGAAUGAUUCAGAUUCAUUCAUCCCAUGGGCAGAAUCAAAUCAAUCCAAUCACAGAAUAGAUUCUGUCGUCUUCCAUCCAUCAGGCCAAGCAUUUCCCCACUUCUUUCUUCCUUUCUUGUCCGAGCAUUUUUUAUAUUCAUUCUUUACAUUCAAUUCAAUUCCUUUGGAAGAAUUUCUCUUUGUAAACAGAGGGGGAGGAUUAUGAUUUUUGCUCCCUAUUCCCAUUUUUACUGUAAACU